AUGUCCAACCCACCAUUUCUCCCCACCAACCCUAAACCCAUCCCAUCUCUUUCAUCUCCCACUGCAUCUUCAUCUGCCGGUACGUCUUCAAGCUUCGGUGCCCCCAAAUCAUCCAUAUCUCGUAAAAAGCCCUUAGGUCUCGACAUCUCCAAAUCAAUCCUGAAGCCUACCAGGGCCGCUCCGGGCUUACCUACCAACGGUGAUGGUGUAACUCCAAGGGGUUCCAACGGAGGAGGUGGGAAUAGUAUCAUAUCGGAGGCAGAGAGAUUAAGAGAAGAAAUUGCUCACUUACAAUUAUCUUCGAAAUCUACUUCCUCAACUAAUAGCUUAUCAUUACCUGAUUCCCCAAUAAAUAAUUCUUCGUCCCAUCAUUCAGACUCUUCUACCAACACGAGCCUUACUACAGGUAGCUCCAAGAGGAAAGGCGGGGAAAAGGAGAAGAAGAGAAGUAAACACAAGGAUAAAGAUGGAGAGGAUUUGGUGAAAGAUGAAGAUCUGAGUAUAUUGUCCGAUUUGGGUGCAGGAAAUGGAGGGACUGUGACGAAAGUUUGGAACAAGAAGAGAAAUUGUGUGAUGGCUAGGAAGCUCAUUCUCGUCGACGCAAAGCCGUCUGUGCGGAAACAGAUUUUGAGAGAACUUCAGAUUAUGAAUGACUGUAAUUCACCUUAUAUAGUUGGAUACUAUGGCUGCUUCCCUGUUGAUGUACAUGUGGGAAUCGUAUUGGAACUUAUGGAUGCAGGAUCGCUCAACGAUAUCUACAGACAUACCGGACCCAUCCCCGUUGAAGUAGUUGGUAAAGUCGCUGAGGCAGUCUUACAUGGUUUAAUGUAUCUCUACGACGUUCAUCGUAUCAUCCAUAGAGAUAUCAAACCUUCGAAUAUCCUGGCCAACACGAAGGGUGAAAUCAAAAUAUGCGAUUUCGGCGUAUCGGGAGAAUUGAUCAAUUCCAUUGCCAACACUUUUGUCGGGACGAGUACCUAUAUGAGUCCCGAACGUAUCCAAGGUGCACCCUACACCAUCAAAUCGGACGUUUGGUCACUUGGAAUAUCAUUGAUCGAAUUAGCCUUGGGUAGAUUCCCAUUCACCGAUUCACAAGGAAACGAAGAAGAAGAGGAAUCCGAGGGUGAGGAAGACUACGACGAAGAUCCAACAUUACCUUUAUCGACUCAACGACCUAAGAUCUCAGCUCCUGGUGAGAGUAAGAAAGAGAAUAGGAAAUCCAAGGGAGUUAGUCUAGCUGGUGGUGGACAUACCAUGUCGAUCCUGGAUCUAUUACAACAUAUAGUCAACGAGCCUGCCCCUCGACUCGUUUCGAAGAAGAAGACUUUCCCAAGUGAAGCUACGACGUUCGUGGAGGAUUGUUUGUAUAAGGAUCCGAACCAGAGGAAAUCGCCACAAGAGUUAUUGGCAUCCGAUUGGAUAAGUAAAUCACAAGUUACACAAGAUGAUUUGAAAAUAUGGGCUUCAUCCACUAUCACAAAGGAUUAA